UCUAAACAAAACUGUGAUAUGGAACAACGCCUAGUCCUCCUGGUGAUCUUCUUAAUGUAUAUUCUUUCUGUACCAGCCCCAUGUGCAGGGAAGCUCCGCCAUACGAUUAUUGGAGGUCAAGAGGCAGAACCACAUUCACGGCCUUACAUGGCAUAUUUACAAAUUGGUGGGUUCGCUUGUGGAGGCUCGCUUAUUGAUCCAAGAUGGGUGUUAUCUGCAGCCCACUGUCAUGGGGAAACAACUACAGUUAUCCUUGGGGCCCAUGAUAUAUCUGAACCUGAAAGUAGUCAACAGAUCUUGGGUGUGGAGAGCUAUCACGUUCACCCAGAGUAUAAUCCAGAAUUGACAAAUAAUGACAUCAUGUUGUUAAAGCUCUUGUCCCCAGCCGAGAUAAAUCGCUAUGUGCAGGCAGUUGAACUUCCAGCCAGUAACACAGACCUUCCAAAGGACAUCCCCUGCAGUGUUGCAGGGUGGGGACUGAUUGACAAGAUCCAUGCUACUGACAAAUUAUUUGAGACCAAUGUGACUAUUGUAAGCCGAAGAUUGUGCCACCGCUAUUAUCAUGAUCUAACUGAUGGAAUGAUAUGCGCAGGGAGCAACGAAAAAAAUCACAGACUCUAGUCAGGGAGACUCCGGAGGGCCUCUGAUUUGUAAAGGGGUACAGGAAGGUAUAGUGUCAUUUGGUUAUCAUCACCCCCCUGGUGUCUAUGCAAGAGUUGGAAAGUACUUGGAUUGGAUCAAACAGACCAUGUCAGAACAUGAAGACCCAAAACUCUGA